UUUUUAAAGAUGUUGAUAAGGCUGUAUGAAUGCCUAUAAAAGUGAAAUUCGAAUUGACAAAUUCAGUUGUUUGCCCGCUUCCUUAGGUACUCACAAAAUGGUAAAAGUGGUGUGUGUCUUGCUAGUAGUAGUGGUCGGUCAUCUACAGGCGGCCAAACUACCGAAAUUCAUCGUUCCAUGUAGCAAAUCAGAUCCAAAUCUUAACGAGUGUGCGAAGCAGCAUGGUCAAGACGCAAUACCAUCCAUACUAGAAGGGAACGCAAAGUUCAAAGUGCCCAAUUUGGUACCUUUACAUAUACCGCAAGUGGAUUUCUCCACGGGUGAUUUACAUGUGGAACUCACCAAUGUAACAAUACAUGGCUUGGAAAGGACGAAAAUUGAAGAAGUUCACAUCGACCUAGAGAACCAGCACUUUGGACUGACAGUGUCGAUUGACGUGGUGUCACUGAUUGCCGACUACAAUAUUUCAGGAAGUAUACUCACAAUUCCUCUAUCUGGCGAAGGAAAGGCCAACGUCACGCUUGUUGGAGGCGAGUAUAAGUAUCACUUCAAUUAUACCCUAAAAGAGAAAAAGAAAGGGCAGUAUAUCGAAGUUCAAGAUGAUGAGUUCACUUUCAAUACCAAAAAUGCAUAUUUCCAAUUGGAUAAUCUUCUUGGAGAGGAGAGUGAAAUAGGUAAACAUAUAAAUAAAAUUAUAAAUGACGAUUGGGAAAGUGUUCAAGCCGAAGUUGGGCCUGUGCUAAAACAAACCGUAAGCACUCUAAUUAAAUCGAUUGUUACUGGCUUCACCAACAAGGUUCCAUUCCGUUAUUUCUUCCUUCCUUAAACUAAAAAAUUCACC